ACUUGGGAUUCCAACCUAGACAGCGCAUAAACUAUUUGAUUUUUUUUUUUUCUAAGUAAUCCCUCAAACGGUAGUGUUAUGUCGAUAAAACAAGAAACAAUAGCCGCUGAAAAAUUGCAGGCAAUCGAGGAGGAUAAUAAUAGUGAAGUAGCCUCGAGUAAAUCGGAUGGAAAGAGAAAGUUUACAGUGAUAGAACCUGCAUUGUUUCUAGUUUAUAUAGCGACAGCAUUGGCCGGUGCUGUGCUACAAAAUCAAGAACUUUAUCAAACUUGUGUUGCCGUUUACGAUUACGAUGAGGAAUUGUGCGAACCCAUGUUGGGAGUUAUACCCAAAAACGCGACAUCACAAGCCAUCGAAACCCAAGUGCAACCCUAUGUGGCCAGGAUUAUUAUGGCGAGUUCGCUGAUUAACAGCGUUUUGCCCGCAUUCCUCAGUUUAUUUAUUGGACCAUGGUCUGAUAAAUUUGGACGUAGACCUAUACUUGUAGCAACCUUUGCAGCGGCAUUUCUCGGACAUCUUAUAACGUCAAUAUUGGCGGGUAUAUCUAUGGCGACACCGAUAAAUCCUUGGAUCUACGUUAUAUCAUACAUACCACCAGCACUAACUGGUAGCAACUGUGCCCUGGUAGCGAUGGCAUUUUGUCUGGUUUCCGAUGUGUGUGAUGAGGGCGGCAGAGCUAGGCGCCUGUUCUUGGUUGAGGGUGCUAUGGGUAUUGGUACACUGGUUGGUAAUUUGAUAGCCAGUUCCAUACUGGCCGCAACUGGUACUAUCGGCGUAUUCGUAAUUGCCGCGAGUAUGGAUUUGGUAGCGCUACUUUAUAUCGCCAUCUUUAUAACCGAAAGUUUGAACGUGAAACACGAAAGAACUACGUCGCAUGUACGUGAGUUCUUCAAAUUCGAUUUGAUUAAGGAUCUGGUUAAAACUUGCCUGAAACGCAGACCGCACUAUGAUCGCGGCAUCAUUUGGUGUAUUAUGUUCGCCUUAAUUUCGACAACCUUUGUGCAGCAGGGUGAGGCGAAUUUACUUUAUCUGUUUCUACGCAACAAAUUCAAUCUCACGCUGCAAGAAUUCACCACUUUCACUGCGGCCGGCAUUGGUAUCAAAAUGAUUGGUUGUGCCAUCGUUUUGGUAUUAUUGCGUGUGGUAUUCAGCGCGCCUUUAACUGUGGUGGCUAUACUUGGCUUGUUGGGUAGCUUCGCCGACAGUUUAAUACGCGCUUUGGCUGAGAAGUUUUGGCAGAUGUAUGUGGCCGCGGUUGCGGGCUUCAUGGCUGGCAUUAACAGCCCCAUGUUGCAAGCGGUACUUGCAAGUUUGGUGGACCGCACAGAAAUCGGCAAAGUAUAUGCGGUAAUUACCUCACUGCAAACACUAUCACCUUUGGCGUCGUCGCCAAUCUACACUGGUAUUUACAACGCGACAUUGGCAUCAUCUCCUGGUGCUUUCUACUUUCUCAGCUGUGGUAUCUAUGCCGCAAACUUUUUGCUCAUAACGAUUAUAUACUUUAUGCAGCGUAAGAGUAGUUCCAGAGCAACGACGGCCAAUGAGGCAGCUUAAUGACUGACAGCCCAGUUGCAUAUGUGCCUAAAUACUUCUUCGAAAUUCGAAAAGAAAUAAAUAUGUCAACUUUAAUUCAAUCUUUCUAUGGCUUUAUAAUGAGAGCGCCUGUGUAUUAUGUUUGAAUAUUGUUAAAGCGAAAAAGUUGCAAAUAUAUCUAUGUAUAGUAAAAUUGCAUAAUUAA